CUGCUGUGGGCCCAGGGCUCCUUAUUCAGAGCCUCGGAAGAGAGGACAGCGCACCAUGGCCUCCAGUGCAGCGCCAGUCCGGCAGACAUGCUGUUGUUUCAGCAUCCGAGUGGCUACCAUCGCCCUGGCCGUCUACCAUGUAGUCAUGAGUGUCCUGCUGUUCAUUGAGCACAUGGUAGAAGUGGCCCGCGGUAAAGCCUCCUGCAGGUUCUCCAAGAUGCCAUACCUCAGGAUUGCCGACCUGCUCUCCAGCUUCCUGCUCAUUGGAGUCCUCUUCGCCAUCAGUGUCAGCCUGCUGUUUGGUGUGGUCAAGAACAGAGAGAAGUACCUGGUGCCCUUCCUGUCCCUUCAAAUCAUGGACUUCCUGCUGUGCCUUCUCACACUGCUGGGCUUCUACAUCGAGUUACCGGCCUACCUGAAGCUUGCCCAGCCCCGGCCCGGUCGCUCUAAGGUCCCCUUCAUGACACUGCAGCUUCUGGACUUCUGUUUGAGCAUCAUGACCCUGUGCAGCUCCUACAUGGAAGUUCCCAGCUACCUUAACUUCAAGUCCAUGAACCACAUGAAUUACCUCCCGAGCCAGGAAAGCAUGCCGCACAGCCAGUUCGUCAACAUGAUGAUCAUCUUCUCAGUGGCCUUCAUCACUGUGCUCAUCCUGAAGGUCUACAUGUUCAAGUGCGUGUGGACAUGCUACAGAUUCAUGAAGUACAUGAAUUCAGCCGUAGAGAACAGCAGCUCCAAGGUGUUCCUCAAGGUGGCUCUGCCAUCCUAUGAGGAAGCCUUGUCUAUGCCCACUAAGACUCCAGAGGGGGACCCUGCACCACCUCCAUACUCAGAAGUGUGACCCCACACCAGGCCUCAGCCCUUGGGCUGGGCGAGUUGGAGCUUCCUCCUCCUGCUUCUUCACUUUGGUGGCCUUUACUUCACUGUGGCCUACUAUGGGACAAUCUGCUCGUGCACCCCCUCACUGUCCUCUCCUCCUGGGGACCCCUCACUCAUAGCUGAAGUCACCCCUGGGCUAAAUAACCCUUUGAGUCUCAGACUACCCAGCCUAGCAGCUCAUCUUAUCUCCAUCAGCGACAACACUUGUUUGGGGCACAGUCAUGGCAAAUUAGGUGGAGUUUGGUUAGCGGCUACCAGCUUGAUCUGUUUAGCCGGGCAGCCCAUACCACAGGGACAACGGGAAAAGGAUCUGGUCAAACAGCAGUUCCUGGGGUCAGUUUAUACCCACCCCCCAGGUUAGGGGGUGGCUCAUGAUCGUGGUGCCCACUUGUCACCCCCAUACCCCAAAAGUAUACAUGUGAACCUAUCCCUUCAAAUAGGUUGCUUCAAGAAAUAGCAACUCAGUCAACUGCUGUCUUUAGGAAUUGUGAUAAAAAUCGAAUAAAAAAUAAAAACCAUGGUGUCAAACAGAAGGGGAAAAAAUGGAGUUCUUCCCACCAUUCACCUCAAUGCACCCAGUGGGUGACCAGCAUCUGCUCGAGUUUCUCUAGCAGCUGCAAGCUGAGGAGUCUGACAAACACUCCCCUCAGCCGCCCUGUCAGUCCUGCUAGGCAUGGGGAAAAGGCUGCUUUUGUUUUAAACAGUACCUUCCCAUGAACCACUGCUCUGAUGGUAAGCUAUGUUCACCUUCAGUCAAGUUCUGACCCUGUGUUCCCUAUGGCCACACAGUGGUGAGGUUCCCUGCAAGGGACAUGGGCAGAUUUAGGGUCUGGUUGUCACGAUGUCUAUCACUAUGGAUGCCCGGUUGGGUCAGGCCAGCCCACGGGGUAUGAAGAGCCAGCCAGAGGCUUGUGUUCCACGGUGGCAGUGAGGAGGAUUGGCCCAUGCCCCUCUGCUGGUUUUGCCAUCGCUAGGGACUGCUGGGGAUUAAUCCUAAUGCCAGAGAUCUACACGCUGCCUGUGGUGUAGACGGGCUGCAGGGUUGAGGGGGCUGAGAGAGGUUCCUAUUGCACCUGUGUCAUUGCUUGUGUGUGACUUGGAAGAGGGACCAAUAAAGCAGCUGCAAGCUUU